AUGCGCAAGCUGAGGAUUGAAGGCCGUUUCAUUAACUAUAGCAUCAUCAACGUGCACCGCCCACACGAAGGAAGACCCUACGACGAGAACGAAGCGUUCUACGCACAGCUGGAGCAGACAUACGAUGGAUGUCCUGUUACCGUUAGUAACAAUAAGCCUGGGGAAGUUCAAUCGAGGCUGGACAAGAUUGAGACGAAGUUUGAAGAAUUUGAAGAGGUUCAGGAGGAAAUUGCGGAACUGGAUGUGGAAGGCGCCUAUGAGGAGGACUGCACCAAGGCCUACGAGGAAUUUGAGAAGCUGUACUACCGUCUACGGGCAGCUUUGCUGGCGAAAUUACCAACGGAGACGCAUGGGGACUUGAACAACAUGUUAGCACGGAAUGGACAGCCUAUAGGAGCACACACUGGAGUACGUCUACCGCAGAUUUCUCUACCGGAAUUUGACGGUGACUACAAGCAAUGGCUAUCGUUUAAGUCUACGUAUGUGUCGCUGAUUCACGAUUCCGGAGAGCUCAGCGACGUUCAAAAGUUCCACUAUCUAAAGUCGGCGCUCAAAGGGGAAGCUGCGAAACUUAUUGAAUCACUGACGCUCACCAAUGACAACUAUCUCAUCGCUUGGAGUACGAUUACGAAGCGGUAUUCCAACGAGUACCUGUUGAAGAAGAGGCAUCUACAGGCGCUGAUGGAAUAUCCAAAGGUGGAGAAGGAGUCGUCUGCAGCUAUCCAUGCUCGCUCUGGUUGA